GAGAGAAAGCCCGACCGGCCGGCUGGGGAAGAGCUGCAUGCAACCGGUGGGAGGCCGGGCCGUCUGGGGCUCCGGCUUGAGCUCGGAACGUUUCUUGGCGGGUCUCUGGCUGCGAGCGCGGACCGCCCGGCGGCGGCGGCUCUGAGCUGGCAGGCGGAGGGCUGUCUCCCGCGCCCGCCUGCCCGGCGCGGUCCGAGGAUGCGGGGGGGCGAUGCCCGGGGCCAGGGACGCGCUCUGUCACCAGGCGCUGCAGCUGCUGGCCGAGCUCUGUGCCCGUGGGGCCCUGGAGCACGACAGCUGCCAAGAUUUCAUCUACCACCUGCGGGACCGUGCCAGACCCCGGCUCCGUGACCCAGAUAUCUCAGUGAGCCUGCUGACUCUUGUGGUCACUGCCUGUGGUCUUGCCCUCUUUGGCGUGUCUCUCUUCGUGUCUUGGAAACUCUGCUGGGUUCCAUGGCGAGAACGAGGCCUACUCUCUGGUAGCAAAGACAACAACCAGGAACCUUUUAACUGCACGGACACAGAGACCAAUGAGCAGGAGAACAGUGAGGACUUCCUAGAUCUGCCCACACCCUGCCCUGACUCUUCCAUGAAGAUCAGCCACACCUCCCCUGACAUUCCCCUCUCCACCCAGCCGGGGGUCCAGGAGAACUGUGCCCAUGGCGUCCGUGUGCAGCGCCAAGUUACAGAGCCAACCUCAUCGGCUCGGCAUAAUUCAAUCCGAAGACAACUCAACCUGUCAAACCCGGACUUCAAUAUCCAGCAGCUUCAAAAACAGGAACAGUUGACUGGAAUUGGUAGAAUUAAACCUGAAUUAUAUAAGCAGAGGUCAUUGGAUAAUGAUGAUGGGAGAAGGAGUAACAGCAAAGCUUGUGGGAAACUGAACUUCAUUUUAAAAUAUGACUGCGAUUUAGAGCAGCUCAUAGUGAAGAUUCACAAAGCUGUCAAUUUGCCCGCCAAGGACUUUUCUGGGACUUCAGAUCCUUACGUCAAGAUCUAUUUGCUUCCUGAUCGGAAAACAAAACAUCAGACUAAAGUUCACAGAAAGACCCUGAACCCUGUGUUUGAUGAAGUGUUUUUAUUCCCAGUUCCCUACAAUGACCUUGAGGCUCGGAAGCUUCACUUCUCUGUGUACGACUUUGACAGGUUCUCUCGCCACGAUUUAAUCGGCCAAGUGGUGGUGGAUCACUUCUUAGACUUGGCUGAUUUCCCCAGGGAGUGCAUCCUUUGGAAGGAUAUUGAAUAUGUCACUAACGACAAUGUGGAUCUUGGAGAGCUGAUGUUUUCCCUCUGUUAUCUUCCCACGGCUGGCAGGCUGACCAUUACCAUUAUAAAAGCAAGAAAUUUAAAGGCAAUGGACAUAACAGGAGCAUCAGAUCCCUAUGUGAAAGUGUCACUGAUGUGUGAUGGCAGGAGACUGAAGAAGAGGAAAACAUCCACCAAGAGGAACACGCUGAAUCCUGUUUACAACGAAGCCAUAGUCUUUGAUGUCCCUCCUGAGAACAUUGACCAAAUCCAUUUGUCCAUAGCAGUCAUGGAUUAUGACCGUGUAGGUCACAAUGAGAUCAUUGGCGUGUGUCAAGUUGGCAACGAGGCCGAGAGGCUGGGCAGAGACCACUGGAGUGAAAUGCUGUCAUAUCCUCGGAAGCCCAUUGCACAUUGGCAUUCCCUGGUGGAGAAACGAUGACUAUGAAUUAAAGAACUGCUUGACCCAAGGCACAGUAGGACAACAUCUAACAAAGAUCUUAAGUAACUUUUUCCAUCCAGCAACACCCGGAUGACUCCAGUGACCAAAUGCUCAGCUGUAAACAGCAAUAACUGGCCAUCUUUGCUAUUUGGAUUUGGUGAACCUGAAUAGUCCAGCCACUUUCUUCGGGUGGCCCAUGGUGUUGAACUACAGGGGAAGCUUGUCUCUCAUUGCCAAGAACCAAGAUUGGACUAUGGAAGAAAGCGAGUUGACAUAGUGAGAGUCCCAAGAGUGUCAGGACUCUUAGUGAUUGAUAUAAAGCCCUUGGUGAUGGAAACAUAGCACCUGCUGUGGCAGUGGUCACUCCGACAUGAUUAUUUGCUUGAAUGCCCUGGAAGGAUAAAAUAUUUAAAAAUAUAUCCAGGUGCUAGCAGCAGAUCUCAAUUCAAACUCCACUACCUACCCUAGCUAACAACUGUCUUUGGAGACUAACUUUACCUUAAGGAGUACUCCAGCUUUGCAAAGAAUAGCCCCCAGAGAAUAAUAGGAUAAGCAGGCCACUCCCCUGGAGAAAAAUCUAGUGUAAAGAGGGUUAGUUUGCAGAAAAUUCACUGCCUCCUCCCAUGUACAUGGCAGACUACCAGUUGAUCGUGGCCCUCUUUUAUGCCAAAACUGGAUUGUGAGUUUUGAGAUUCUACAACAUUAUUUUUAAGUAACCAAGUCACUUCCUUUCAAUUGGUAGUGUUAUUAGAAUCAAAUUGAAUUGUCAUCUCUAUUAGAGAGGUAUACCUCUCAGGUCAUAUGCAUUCUGGAAUAUCUUUUCCCAGGCACAUUUGUCCAGUGAGGGAACAGCCUCAGAAGUAGGUAGAGCAUUGUGUGAAAUAAGAUCAUGGAGAUCACACAGUGGUUCCCUGGGGGAAGGCACAGCUUUGGGCCUCCUUGGCCUGAGUGCCUUCUGGGGUAUCUCCAUAUGCAGAAGCUCAGAGCCUAGCCUUGGACAGCCACAGACACAGGUUUUCUUCUCACUUCAGACACAUAUCAUUUCCAUAGCACUUGGGAGUGAAGGUCAGGGCUCUCCCCGGGUAACUCUUCCAUUAUUCAGCUUCCCUUUUGCCAAUCUGCUACCAGCUAUGCGCCCCAUCAUUAUUGCUUCUGCCUCCACAGAAAUGAAACCAAAGGCCUCAGCAUACCCUGACAGGACCAGGGGGCUGUUACCUAGUGGUCCUCUCUCUCCCAUUAUGGGUACAAGGCACCCUAUCCAUGCAUUUGCACCAUGACUUCAAGAUAACAUCUCCCUUUUCAUACAGUCUCUUUGCAGCAGAUUCCAGAAUUGGAUUGUAGUUUAUCUUACUGGAAAAUGCAUUAUCUUCAUUUCAAUUAACAUUUUGAUGUGGGACCAGCUGGACAGAAGCAGAAUCAUUGCAUAUCCUCAGAAAUUCUUAUUACCUUGGCUGCCUGGUACAAGAUGUCAGAUGUAUCCUGAUAUCAAAUCAAAAAAUGGUGGAGGCCUUUGGUGUGUGCGGCAGUAUUAAUACACUCAAGCUUCAUGCAUUCCCCAACCUGCCUAAUUCAUUUCCAUAUCAUUAUCUUUCAACCUUGGGAUUCAAAGGGAAUCCCGGUCCUGCCUAUGUCUAAAGACAUGAGAAAAAUUCAUCUCUCUUUGCCCAAGGUUCUCCUCAGCUCAUCCCUCCCACCUUAGCAUCUUCCACCAUAGCAGUGUUUAGAACCAAAGCACGAAGGGCUAGUGCCAGCAAGAGAGUGCACAGAAAUAUUGUCAAUAGAUCCAGGCAGAAGAGCCCAAAGGUAUGAUCCCAAAGAAACCAGACUGUCUCCAGUAGCUGUCAGUGGUCAUCCCAUUCCACUUUGGCAUGCCCUUGGCAAUGGGAGCCUGGGUUGGAGAGCCAGUUGUGCCUAUUGUUUCCACCUCAGCAUCUUCCUGCCCAGAGCUAGCAGCCCUGAGGCCCUAAUGAGUAUGCUACUGGCUUGUUGGUAUGAAACAUGGUGGCUUUGUAGGGGCAAUCAGGCAAAUGUGACUACCCACAUGGUAGGUAUUUUGUGUCUGGAAAGCUCUGCCCAGCCAGUACAGCUGUGGCCAGAGUCUGGUUAUAAAUUUGAACUCCUUCAGCCCAUUUGCAACUCUGCCUCUGUUCUCUUGCAUUCUGUUUGGUUACCCUUUAGUUUCCUAGUAAAUGUUCCUUUUGAAAAACUCAAA